GUUGAGGAUUACAGGUCGGGAUAUCCCCGUUUCGCUGCACUCAUUUCGGCGCAUGACGGCUACUUUGUGUGUCGGCGUUUCAACAACCUUCGAGGUCGACUACUAUUGUUGAAGCAGGACAAGCUCUCGAUACUUGAGCAAAGACUAGAUGAAGUUGAUCAGCAAGAGACUUCUCUUCUCUUCCUUGGAAAGUGCCGGUCUGAUAAGAACCCGGAUCGGAUAUCUCCUUUGGCUGAGAUUGAUACAUGUCUUGCUGAUUAUGCGAUAGACGAUUUCGUCAAAAGGACCUGUCAGAUGCUGGGUUACAGCCCUGCGCAACAGAGAGAUAUAGCGAGCCUGCAGAACUGGCUGGACGGCACUGGUUGUCUGGCCAGAGCCGAAACAGAGUACCUCACAUAUUAUCGAGAGCUGGCUUCCUUAGCUCCAGCGUGCGACAGUGCAGUAGUGCAUCUCGAAGCUUGGGUAGAGGACAAGCUCAUACGAUUCUAUCGGGGGUUUCGAAAAAGCCGUUUUCACGACAUCUCAACGGAUACAAACGUAUAUAUCUAUUCUGGACCCCUGAUCAAGCGAGCCGCUAAAGCAUUACUGUUGUUUAUGAUAACACUUCUGUUGCUAAUGCCAAUCAUUAUCUGCAAUGUAAUUAACAGGUUUUCAACUCGAAUUAUUACCGUUAUAAUUUUCACGAUUUCGUACCUUUUCAUACUCUCUGGGCUAACUGGGUCGAGGGCGAUGGAAUUAGUCAUCGCCGGUGCAACGUAUGCCACCAUAUUGAUUGUAUUUGUGUCUGGCACUAGCGCUGUUGAAUGCUAG